CUCACUGGCUGAGUUUAGAUGGAGGAGAACAGUAAGAAGGACCAUCGGGCUUUGCUCAACCAGGGAGAGGAGGAUGAACUGGAGGUGUUUGGUUACCGGGACCACAGUGUACGCAAAGCCCUCUGCCUUGUCGCAUCCGUGCUGACCUGUGGGGUCCUUCUGCUGCUGUUCUACUGGAGACCCCAGUGGAGAGUGUGGGCCAGCUGCAUCCCAUGCCCUUUGCGAGAAGCAGACACUGUUUUGCUGAGGACAACAGACAAAUUUCAACGAUAUAUGAGGAAGAAGGUAUUCUGCCUCGACUUAUCCACACUGAAGUUUCCUGUAAGCAAGAAGUGGGAAGAAUCCUUGGUGGCUGACUGCCAUUCUGUCAUAAACCAAGCCUUAAUAAAGCCAGAAUUAAAACGCCAGAGGAAAGGAAUCCGAGUGACAGGCAGCAAGAGAAGAAGAUUAGUGUGUGGGCCUAACACCAUUGAGGUUGAAAUCCAACCCAUAUGGAAGCUGCUUGUUAAACAGGUUUUAAAUCCAUUCUAUGUGUUCCAAGCCUUCACCCUAACUUUGUGGCUGUCUCAAGGUUACAUGGAAUACUCUGUGGCCAUCAUCAUUUUGACAGUUAUCUCCAUUGUCUUAAGCGUGUAUGAUUUGCGACAGCAAUCAGUUAAGCUGCAUAACCUCGUGGAGGACCACAACAAAGUCCAGGUUACAAUCAUUGUAAAAGACAGAGGUUUGGAGGAGCUGGAAUCCCGUCUCUUGGUUCCCGGAGACAUUCUUAUUCUUCCAGGAAAAUUUUCAUUGCCAUGUGAUGCUGUUUUGAUUGAUGGAAGCUGCGUGGUGAAUGAAGGCAUGCUUACAGGAGAAAGUAUACCUGUUACAAAGACACCGUUGCCCCAGAUGGAGAACACCAUGCCUUGGAAAUGUCACAGUUUGAAGGAUUAUCGGAAACACGUCCUCUUCUGUGGAACAGAAGUUAUCCAGGUCAAGCCCUCUGGGCAGGGGCCUGUAAGAGCAGUCGUUUUGCAAACAGGUUACAAUACAGCCAAAGGGGACUUAGUGAGAUCCAUCCUGUACCCCCGGCCUCUGAACUUCAAACUAUACAGCGAUGCCUUCAAGUUCAUGGUGUUCCUGGCCUGCCUUGGUGUCAUGGGUUUUUUCUAUGCCCUAGGGGUAUAUACGUACCAUGGAGUCCCUCCAAAAGAUACUGCGACCAUGGCCCUGAUCCUCCUCACCACGACUGUCCCUCCAGUGCUGCCGGCUGCCCUGACCAUAGGCAACGUGUAUGCUCAGAAGAGACUGAAGAAAAAGAAAAUCUUCUGUAUCUCCCCACAGAGAAUCAACAUGUGUGGGCAAAUAAACCUCGUGUGCUUUGACAAAACCGGCACUCUCACUGAAGACGGGCUGGACCUCUGGCAGACUGUCCCUACUGCUGACAACUGCUUCCAGGAAGCCCACAGCUUUGCCUCGGGCCAGGCUGUGCCGUGGGGCCCACUGUGUGCGGCCAUGGCCAGCUGCCACUCUCUGAUCCUUCUCAAUGGGACCAUCCAGGGAGACCCUCUGGACCUCAAAAUGUUUGAGGGCACUGCCUGGAAAAUGGAAGAUUGCAAUGUAGACUCCUGCAAAUUUGGGAUGUCAGUUUCAAACAUCAUAAAACCAGGACCAAAAGCCAGUAAGAGUCCGGUGGAAGCCAUCGCCACCUUGCGCCAGUUUCCAUUUUCCUCGAGCCUGCAGAGGAUGUCGGUGAUCGCUCAGCUAGCUGGGGAGAAUCACUUCCAUGUUUACAUGAAGGGUGCCCCAGAAAUGGUGGCCAGGUUCUGCAGAUCUGAAACAGUGCCUAAGAAUUUCCCACAGGAACUAAGGAAGUACACGGUGCAAGGCUUCCGUGUCAUUGCUCUUGCCCACAAAACCUUAAAGAUGGGGAACCUUUCAGAAGUGGAGCACUUAGCCAGAGAAAAAGUGGAGUCAGAGUUAACAUUUCUGGGACUUCUCAUCAUGGAAAAUCGUUUGAAAAAAGAAACCAAACCAGUCUUGAAGGAACUGAGCGAGGCCCGUAUCAGGACUGUGAUGAUUACAGGUGACAACCUUCAAACAGCCAUUACUGUUGCAAAGAAUUCUGAAAUGAUCCCUCCAGGCAGCCAAGUGAUCAUUGUUGAAGCCAAUGAACCAGAAGAAUUUGUUCCUGCCUCUGUGACCUGGCAGCUGGUGGAGAACCAAGAGACUGGACCUGGGAAGACAGAAACCUGCGUGUACACUGGAAACAGUUCAACCCCUCGUGGGGAAAGAGGAAGCUGUUACCAUUUUGCAAUGAGUGGGAAAUCGUACCAAGUGAUAUUUGAGCAUUUCACCAGCUUGCUUCCAAAAAUUCUGGUGAAUGGAACAGUUUUUGCAAGAAUGUCUCCUGGGCAGAAAUCAAGCCUUAUUGAAGAAUUUCAGAAAUUAAAUUAUUAUGUGGGCAUGUGUGGAGAUGGAGCUAACGAUUGUGGGGCUUUGAAAGUGGCUCAUGCAGGCAUUUCAUUGUCAGAGCAGGAAGCAUCUGUGGCAUCCCCUUUUACCUCUAAAACAGCCAACAUCAAGUGUGUGCCUCAUCUCAUCAGAGAAGGCCGAGCUGCUCUGGUUUCCUCCUUUGGAGUAUUUAAAUACUUGACCAUGUAUGGCAUAAUCCAGUUUAUCAGUGCAUUACUGCUCUAUUGGCAACUACAACUCUUUGGAAAUUACCAGUAUCUCGUGCAAGAUGUAGCCAUUACUUUGAUGGUCUGUUUAACAAUGAGUUCAACUCAUGCCUACCCAAAGCUGGCUCCAUAUAGACCAGCAGGACAGCUCCUUUCUCCCCCUUUGCUGCUGUCAAUAUUUUUGAAUUCCUGUUUCUCCUGCAUUGUGCAGAUCAGUGCAUUUCUCUAUGUGAAGCAGCAGCCUUGGUAUUGUGAGGUCUACCAAUAUAGUGAGUGUUUCCUGGCCAACCGAAGUAAUUUUUCAACAACUAUGAGUCUGGAAAGAAACUGGACUGGAACUGCAACUCUGAUUCCUGGUUCAAUUUUAAGUUUUGAGACCACCACACUGUGGCCCAUCACCACCAUCAACUAUAUCACAGUAGCAUUCAUCUUUUCUAAGGGAAAGCCAUUUCGAAAACCCAUCUAUACAAACUAUAUAUUUUCAUUGCUGCUGCUAGCUGCCUUGGGCCUCACAAUUUUCAUUCUGUUUUCUGACUUUCAAGUUAUCUACCGUGGAAUGGAGUUGAUCCCAACCAUAACAUCGUGGAGGGUUUUAAUUUUGGUGGUAACCCUCACCCAAUUCUGUGUGACUUUCUUUGUAGAGGAUGCCAUCCUUCAAAAUCAUGAGCUCUGGCUGUUGAUCAAAAGAGAAUUUGGAUUCUCCUCUAAAAGUCAAUAUAGGACUUGGCAAAAGAAGCUGGCAGAAGACUCAACCUGGCCUCCCACAAACAGGACAGAUUAUUCAGGUGAUGGCAAAAAUGGAUUCUACAUCAACAGAGGCUAUGAAAGCCAUGAACAGAUUCCAGAAAGAGAACUCAAAUUGGGAAGCCAACCCACAGAACAGCAUUUUUGGACCAGACUGUAAUCAGAAUUGUUGUCGUACAUGCUGAACAGCAUUGCUUUUCUCCCAAAAUUAACACAUUGUGGAGAAGUGAUGAUACUCUCCCCCUAUCUUUCCUCUCUCCAUUCAAGCACUCAAAGCAUAUUUUCAAUGCAUUAAACCUAGCAGCAAAAGACCUUAGAUA